UCUUACCACGCAUAGAUAUACAGAAAAGUCGCUGGAAGGAGCACGUACAGAUAAACAAAGGCCGAGGAACGAGAACAUUCGAUUGCACAUCGGAAAUGGAGGCGGAAUCAUUGGUGGACAGGCCAAGCACCCAUCCGGGAGAAAUUGAAGACCAAGAAGACUUACCUAAAGAAAAACUCUCAGAACAACUCAUUCGACAUUGGAUCAACGAACGAUUCGCCCCGGAAGUCUUGGCCCAUCAGGAAGAACUAUUGGAGAAAAUAUUAUCGAGAAUCCAACAACAGUCUCUCGCGCUGGAUGUUCUCUCAAAUAACCCAGAAGAAUUAUCCAGUGACGAUCAUUUUAGAUUGAUGUUAAUCGAAACCGAGAUUGAGCACUUGAGAUACAUUUGCAAAGCCUACGCAAGAUGUAGAAUGCAUAAACUAGAUAAGUUCUUUGAUCAUUGCUUGAUGGAUCCCGAAACAAGGUCAAGGUUGAGUAAAGUUGAUUUAGAAUACUGUUCAAGGGAACAGACACUAGUGCACAAUCUUCUGUACGAUUCAGUGCUUGAUCAACUACCCAUCAAGUAUCGCAAACUGGAUGAGGAUCAUAUGAUCAUCAGACCGAAUUUGGAUCAGAGUGUAUUUAUCAUUGUUCGAUCAUCUUGUGGUCCAGUCUACAUACCACAUGAAGAACCACUGAUGUUGGAAAAAGGAUCGAUACAUUUCAUUAAUUACCGAUCAAUCAAAUCGUUUCUCGAAUCUGGACAUGUUAAAUUAGGUUAAAAAAACCACCCUCAUACUAAACCAUUUUUUCUUAUAAGAAAGGCGUUUGCCUUACUUUUUUUUUCAGUUGGCAUAUCCAACAAAUGUACAAGACAAGUUUUGUUUUUUUUGUGGGCUCUGUUCUGAGCAAUUUGACGGCUAUGAAUCAAUCAUUUGAAGCGA